AUGACUGAGCAUGAAACGAAGGAUAAGGCCAAAAAAAUUAGAGAAAUUUAUCGUUAUGAUGAGAUGUCCAAUAAGGUGUUGAAAGUUGAUAAACGCUUUAUGAAUACCAGCCAAAAUCCUCAAAGGGAUGCGGAAAUAUCACAACCAAAAUCCAUGAGUGGUAGAAUUAGUGCUAAGGAUAUGGGACAGGGCCUGUGCAAUAACAUUAAUAAAGGACUAAAAGAAAAUGAUGUAGCCGUUGAAAAAACUGGAAAGAGCGCAUCAUUGAAAAAAAUUCAGCAGCAUAACACCAUUUUGAAUUCUUCCUCCGAUUUCAGGUUACAUUAUUAUCCAAAGGAUCCCUCAAAUGUCGAAACUUACGAGCAGAUUUUGCAGUGGGUUACAGAAGUUUUAGGCAAUGAUAUACCCCAUGAUCUUAUUAUUGGAACUGCUGAUAUAUUCAUCAGACAAUUGAAAGAAAAUGAGGAAAAUGAGGAUGGUAAUAUUGAAGAGCGAAAGGAAAAGAUCCAGCAUGAGCUAGGCAUCAAUAUAGACUCCCUGAAGUUUAACGAAUUAGUUAAACUUAUGAAAAACAUUACCGAUUAUGAAACACAUCCUGACAAUAGCAAUAAACAAGCAGUAGCAAUUCUUGCCGAUGAUGAAAAAUCAGAUGAAGAAGAAGUAACAGAAAUGUCCAACAAUGCUAAUGUUCUUGGGGGAGAAAUCAAUGAUAAUGAAGAUGAUGAUGAGGAAUAUGAUUACAAUGACGUUGAAGUCAAUUCUAAAAAAAAAAACAAGAGGGCAUUGCCAAACAUUGAAAACGAUAUAAUUAAACUCUCCGAUAGUAAAACAAGUAAUAUCGAGAGCGUUCCGAUAUACUCAAUCGAUGAAUUUUUUUUGCAGAGAAAACUUCGGUCAGAGCUUGGUUACAAGGAUACCUCUGUAAUACAAGACCUGUCAGAAAAAAUUUUGAAUGAUAUUGAAACACUUGAGCAUAAUCCAGUAGCGUUGGAGCAGAAGUUGGUUGAUCUGCUUAAAUUCGAGAAUAUAUCACUGGCUGAAUUUAUUCUCAAGAAUAGAUCUACAAUUUUUUGGGGCAUACGACUGGCGAAGAGCACAGAGAAUGAAAUACCGAACUUAAUAGAGAAAAUGGUUGCAAAAGGUUUGAAUGAUCUUGUGGAACAGUAUAAAUUUAGAGAAACUACACACUCAAAGCGUGAACUCGAUUCCGGUGACGACCAGCCACAGUCUUCGGAAGCAAAAAGAACAAAAUUCAGUAAUCCAGCAAUACCGCCCGUCAUAGAUUUGGAAAAGAUUAAAUUCGACGAAAGUUCUAAAUUAAUGACCGUGACAAAAGUAUCCCUACCGGAAGGAUCAUUCAAAAGGGUGAAACCACAAUAUGACGAAAUACAUAUUCCAGCUCCUAGCAAACCUGUUAUUGAUUAUGAGUUGAAAGAAAUUACUUCUCUACCAGAUUGGUGUCAGGAGGCGUUUCCUUCAUCGGAAACAACGUCCUUAAACCCUAUACAAUCAAAGGUUUUUCACGCAGCAUUUGAAGGUGAUUCAAACAUGCUAAUAUGUGCACCCACUGGUUCAGGUAAGACGAAUAUCGCGUUAUUGACGGUAUUGAAAGCCUUAUCCCAUCAUUAUAACCCGAAAACUAAGAAAUUAAACCUUUCUGCAUUUAAAAUUGUUUAUAUAGCACCCUUGAAAGCCUUAGUACAGGAACAAGUCCGAGAAUUUCAAAGGAGGUUGGCUUUUCUAGGUAUAAAAGUCGCUGAAUUGACUGGUGAUUCUAGGCUUAGUAGAAAGCAAAUUGACGAGACGCAGGUUUUGGUGUCUACGCCAGAGAAAUGGGACAUAACUACUAGAAAUUCAAAUAAUUUGGCCAUCGUAGAACUUGUUCGUUUGUUGAUUAUAGAUGAAAUACAUUUGUUACAUGAUGACAGGGGACCAGUAUUGGAAAGCAUCGUGGCUAGGACAUUUUGGGCUUCCAAAUAUGGCCAGGAAUACCCCAGAAUAAUAGGCCUUUCUGCCACCUUACCAAAUUAUGAGGAUGUCGGUAGGUUUUUAAGAGUUCCGAAGGAAGGAUUGUUUUAUUUUGACUCCUCAUUUAGACCGUGUCCUCUAUCUCAACAGUUUUGUGGCAUUAAGGAACGGAACUCCUUGAAAAAGCUGAAGGCUAUGAAUGAUGCUUGUUAUGAAAAGGUAUUGGAAUCCAUCAAUGAAGGUAAUCAAAUAAUCGUGUUUGUUCAUUCUCGAAAAGAAACAUCACGAACAGCAACAUGGUUGAAAAAUAAAUUUGCUGAAGAGAACAUUACUCAUAAAUUAACCAAAAAUGAUGCAGGAUCGAAGCAGAUUUUAAAGACAGAAGCAGCCAACGUACUCGAUCCAAGUCUACGAAAGUUGAUUGAAAGCGGUAUAGGGACGCAUCACGCAGGGCUGACCAGAAGUGACAGAUCCUUAUCUGAAGAUUUAUUUGCAGACGGGUUGUUGCAAGUAUUGGUAUGCACUGCGACGUUAGCAUGGGGUGUUAAUCUACCUGCUCAUACAGUGAUUAUAAAAGGAACAGAUGUCUAUUCACCUGAAAAGGGGUCCUGGGAACAACUUUCUCCACAAGAUGUACUUCAAAUGUUAGGUAGAGCAGGCAGACCGAGAUAUGACACAUUUGGCGAGGGUAUUAUAAUAACAGACCAAUCGAAUGUUCAAUAUUAUCUCUCGGUUUUAAAUCAACAAUUACCAAUAGAAUCGCAAUUUGUUUCAAAAUUAGUUGACAACUUAAAUGCAGAAGUUGUCGCGGGUAACAUUAAGUGCAGGAAUGAUGCUGUGAAUUGGUUGGCGUAUACUUACCUAUAUGUCAGAAUGUUAGCUUCCCCUAUGCUUUACAAAGUACCUGAUAUUUCAAGUGAUGGGCAAUUGAAAAAGUUUAGAGAAAGCUUAGUCCAUUCGGCCCUAUGCAUUUUAAAAGAACAAGAGUUGGUGUUAUAUGAUGCUGAAAAUGAUGUAAUUGAGGCGACCGAUCUAGGAAAUAUAGCGUCGUCAUUUUACAUAAAUCAUGCUUCCAUGGAUGUUUACAAUAGAGAGUUAGAUGAACAUACAACUCAGAUUGAUCUUUUUAGAAUAUUCUCAAUGUCGGAAGAGUUUAAGUACGUAUCGGUGAGAUAUGAAGAGAAAAGAGAACUAAAACAACUUCUAGAGAAAGCACCCAUUCCUAUCAGAGAAGAUAUUGAUGAUCCUUUAGCAAAAGUGAAUGUACUACUGCAGUCUUAUUUUUCCCAGCUAAAGUUCGAAGGUUUUGCACUUAAUUCUGAUAUAGUGUUUAUUCACCAAAAUGCUGGUAGGUUAUUGCGUGCUAUGUUUGAAAUAUGCUUGAAGAGAGGAUGGGGACAUCCCACACGGAUGUUGUUAAAUCUUUGCAAAUCUGCCACAACUAAAAUGUGGCCAACAAACUGUCCUUUAAGACAGUUUAAAACAUGCCCUGUCGAAGUGAUUAAAAGGCUGGAAGCCUCUACAGUACCGUGGGGAGAUUAUCUACAGCUAGAAACACCUGCCGAAGUUGGUCGUGCAAUCAGAUCUGAAAAAUAUGGAAAACAGGUUUACGAUUUAUUGAAAAGAUUUCCCAAAAUGUCCGUAACAUGCAACGCUCAGCCAAUUACCCGUAGCGUUAUGAGGUUCAACAUUGAAAUAAUAGCCGACUGGAUAUGGGAUAUGAAUGUACACGGUUCCCUUGAACCUUUUUUGCUCAUGCUAGAAGACACUGAUGGUGAUUCAAUACUUUAUUAUGACGUACUAUUCAUCACUCCAGAUAUAGUUGGUCAUGAAUUUACCUUAUCCUUUACUUAUGAGUUAAAGCAGCACAAUCAAAAUAACUUACCACCUAAUUUCUUCCUUACUUUGAUAUCAGAAAAUUGGUGGCACAGUGAAUUCGAGAUUCCAGUUUCCUUCAAUGGAUUUAAACUUCCGAAAAAAUUUCCUCCUCCUACUCCCCUUCUGGAGAAUAUUAGUAUUUCAACAUCAGAGCUUGGCAAUGAUGAUUUUUCCGAAGUAUUUGAAUUUAAAACUUUCAACAAGAUUCAGAGCCAGGUCUUCGAGUCUCUCUACAAUUCGAAUGACUCGGUCUUUGUAGGUUCAGGAAAGGGCACAGGUAAAACAGCUAUGGCUGAAUUAGCACUGUUAAAUCAUUGGAGACAGAAUAAAGGAAGAGCGGUUUAUAUCAAUCCGUCUGGGGAAAAAAUUGAUUUUUUGCUAUCUGAUUGGAAUAAAAGGUUCUCUCAUCUUGCUGGUGGUAAGAUAAUAAAUAAGCUAGGAAAUGAUCCUUCACUAAAUUUAAAAUUAUUAGCAAAAAGCCAUGUUCUCUUGGCUACCCCCGUGCAAUUUGAGCUUUUGUCACGUCGUUGGAGACAAAGGAAGAACAUCCAAAGUUUAGAAUUAAUGAUAUAUGAUGACGCUCAUGAGAUUAGCCAAGGUGUUUACGGUGCUGUGUAUGAAACGCUAAUUUCUAGAAUGAUAUUUAUAGCAACCCAACUUGAAAAGAAAAUUCGAUUUGUUUGCCUUUCGAACUGUUUGGCAAAUGCUCGUGAUUUUGGUGAAUGGGCUGGUAUGACGAAGUCAAACAUCUACAACUUUUCUCCAAGCGAAAGAAUUGAGCCUCUUGAAAUUAAUAUUCAGUCAUUUAAAGAUGUUGAGCACAUAUCAUUCAAUUUUUCGAUGCUUCAAAUGGCAUUUGAAGCAUCUGCUGCUGCAGCGGGAAAUCGUAAUUCCAGUUCGGUGUUCUUACCAUCUAGAAAGGAUUGUAUGGAAGUUGCGUCUGCAUUUAUGAAGUUUUCAAAAGCAAUUGAAUGGGAUAUGUUGAACGUUGAAGAAGAGCAAAUUGUACCAUACAUUGAAAAGUUAACAGAUGGUCAUCUAAGAGCACCUUUAAAACACGGUGUUGGUAUUUUGUAUAAGGGGAUGGCAUCAAAUGAUGAAAGAAUUGUGAAAAGGUUAUACGAAUAUGGUGCGGUAUCGGUUUUACUCAUUUCUAAGGAUUGUUCUGCAUUCGCUUGUAAAACUGAUGAAGUGAUUAUUUUAGGAACCAACCUUUAUGAUGGUGCAGAGCAUAAAUAUAUGCCAUAUACCAUAAAUGAACUUCUAGAAAUGGUGGGACUAGCUAGUGGUAACGAUUCAAUGGCAGGCAAGGUUUUAAUUUUGACAAGUCACAACAUGAAGGCCUACUACAAAAAAUUCUUAAUUGAGCCUUUGCCUACUGAGAGUUACCUACAGUAUAUUAUUCAUGAUACUCUGAACAACGAGAUAGCAAAUUCUAUUAUACAAAGCAAACAAGAUUGUGUUGACUGGUUUACAUAUUCGUAUUUCUAUCGUCGUAUCCAUGUGAAUCCAAGCUAUUAUGGCGUAAGGGAUACGUCUCCACAUGGAAUUUCAGUUUUUUUGAGUAAUUUAGUUGAAACUUGUUUGAAUGACUUAGUUGAAUCAUCCUUCAUUGAAAUUGACGAUACAGAAGCUGAAGUAACCGCAGAAGUUAAUGGAGGAGAUGAUGAAGCAACUGAAAUCAUUUCUACCUUGAGCAACGGGCUAAUUGCUUCUCACUAUGGCGUAUCAUUUUUUACUAUUCAGUCAUUCGUUUCUUCUUUAUCGAAUACGUCAACGCUCAAAAACAUGCUGUAUGUUCUUUCAACAGCAGUAGAAUUCGAAAGUGUUCCACUCAGAAAAGGAGACAGAGCAUUACUUGUCAAAUUAAGUAAAAGACUACCAUUGAGAUUCCCUGAACACACCUCUUCUGGUUCGGUGAGCUUUAAAGUUUUCUUAUUGUUACAAGCAUAUUUUUCACGUCUUGAAUUACCUGUCGACUUUCAAAAUGAUUUAAAAGACAUUCUAGAAAAGGUUGUUCCACUAAUUAACGUAGUGGUUGAUAUCCUUUCAGCAAACGGGUAUUUGAAUGCUACUACCGCCAUGGAUUUGGCGCAGAUGUUGAUUCAGGGUGUAUGGGACGUUGAUAAUCCGUUGAGACAGAUUCCACACUUCAACAACAAAAUUUUGGAAAAAUGUAAAGAAAUUAACGUCGAGACGGUCUAUGAUAUAAUGGCCCUUGAGGAUGAAGAGAGGGAUGAAAUUUUAACGCUUACUGAUUCACAGCUUGCGCAGGUCGCCGCGUUUGUUAACAAUUACCCCAACGUUGAACUUACUUAUUCGUUGAAUAAUUCUGAUUCGUUAAUUUCAGGUGUAAAACAGAAAAUUACCAUUCAAUUGACAAGAGAUGUUGAACCUGAGAACUUACAAGUAACAUCUGAAAAGUAUCCGUUUGAUAAGCUAGAAAGUUGGUGGUUGGUUUUAGGUGAAGUAUCUAAAAAAGAGCUUUAUGCGAUCAAGAAAGUUACUUUAAAUAAAGAGACUCAGCAAUAUGAAUUGGAAUUUGACACUCCGACAUCUGGUAAACAUAACUUAACAAUUUGGUGUGUCUGUGAUUCAUAUCUUGACGCAGAUAAAGAGUUGUCCUUUGAAAUAAAUGUGAAAUAA